CUCCCUAUGGAGUUCUGGGACGACGACGAGGCGUGGAAGUGCUCACAGUCGGACUUGGCCGACCUCGUCAACGCCGAGCCGGACCCCCUGGCCGGUUUGCUCUGCCAUUCACCCAGGGGCGACACCAUCGCGGACGUGCUGCUGUCCCUCAAGCACGCCGUGGUACACCCGAGCUCGCCGGCGGGGGGCGCCGGGCCCUACGGGGCCGGGCCGGCCGAAGCCCCGCCGCCGCCACCGCCGCCACACAUGUUCCCCACCUCGAUGAGCGUCAACCUGUCCAUGAACAUGACCAUGGGUGUGACCGGAUGGGAGCCCAGCUACGCGGCGCAAUGGGCGCCCCCGCCCUACCACCACCACCCGCAGGAAGAGCUGUACGCGAGCACGGGCUACGCGACGGACGUGGCCGCACCCCCGCCCCCGCCGCCACCCGCGCCGCACCAGGUCGCUGCGGGCCAGGUCGCCGGCGGCGUCGUGGCUCAGGGCGGCAUCGCUGGCGUGCCGGGCGCGGCGCGCGGCUCCGAUGGUCGGGUCAACCUGUGCGGCAUCUGCGGCAAGGCGUACGCACGGCCGAGCACCCUCAAGACGCACCUGCGCACACACUCAGGCGAGCGGCCCUACCGCUGCCUGCAGUGCAGCAAGUGCUUCUCGCAGGCGGCCAACCUGACGGCGCACCUGCGCACGCACUCCGGCGAGAAACCGUUCCGCUGCCCGGUGUGCGAGCGCCGCUUCUCGCAGAGCUCGUCGGUGACGACCCACAUGCGCACCCACUCGGGCGAGCGGCCCUACCGCUGCUGCCUCUGCAAGAAGGCCUUCUCGGACAGCUCUACGCUGACCAAGCACCUGCGUACUCACUCGGGCGAGAAGCCCUACCAGUGCCGGCUCUGUCUGCUCCGCUUUUCGCAGUCGGGCAACCUGAACCGGCACAUGCGCGUACACGCCAACGCCUCCUGAGCCCCAUUUAAUUUAAGAACCCGCCUUUUUUUUAUAUAUACGCUGACGCACAGGUCUCGCUUCCGGCAGACGGACCGAGCUGGCCCGAGAAGUGCUAUACUGCAGUAUGAGAGGUACAAAAUAAAGUAUA